AUGUUGUCAGGCGUUAAGAGUGUAGCCGUUAUCGGCGCCGGCCCUUCGGGUGCCAUUGCUGUUGAUGCCUUAAUGCAAGAGAAGGCUUUCGAUGUGGUCCGUGUUUUUGAACGCCAGGAAAAGGCUGGUGGAUGCUGGGUCUCAAGAGAUGAUGAGCCUCCCCGGCAACUCAAUUUUGACGGAUUAGCAGCCCGCACCGCAGAUGCUGCAUUGAAGAUCCCUGACCAGCUGCCAUGCCGAACCCCGGCAGUGACGCAGGAUCGUUUCACAGACUCCCCUGUCUACCCCGGACUGGAGACGAACGUGGAUGCGGGGGUCAUGUCUUACUCCCAAGAGCCGAUCCCCACUAUUCGGUCUCAGUGGUCGAUUGAUCGUCAUGGCCCGGAGACCCCGUUCCGCCAUCACACUGUCAUCCGGCAGUACAUCGAGGACCUCUUAAUUAAGAAAGGUCAUGGCGGUCUUGUUGAAUAUCACACGACCGUCGAGCAGGCGAUCAAGGAUCCCAAGACCCAGAAAUGGACACUGACCCUGCGCCGUAGAGAGCUCGAUAAUGAGAGUCCAUCGGAUUACUGGUGGACUGAGGAAUUUGAUGCGGUGGUGGUUGCUUCAGGCCACUACGCAGUGCCUUAUAUCCCAGCCAUUCCCGGCUUGGAAGAGUUCGCGAAAGCAUACCCUCGUAGCGUCGAACAUACUAAGCAUUACCGAGGACCAGAGACCUACCGAGGAAAGAAAGUCAUCACAGUCGGCGCAUCAGUCUCCGCCGCAGACACGGCAGUCAGUCUCAUCGAUAGCGCGCAAACUCCCAUCCACGCUGUAGUCCGCGGCCGCUACAACGUCUUCUUCGGCGACGAAGCCUUCAAACACCCAAAAAUCCAACGCCGAGCCCCAAUCUCACGCAUCACCACCAAAGAUCGGACUGUGCAUUUCGAAGAUGGCACCUCCAUCAGCGACGUCGACCAUAUUAUCUUCGGAACAGGUUUCACCUGGACACUACCUUUCCUCCCACAGGUGUCAACACGUAGUAAUCGCGUUCCCGAUUUAUACCAGCAUGUCUUCUACCGCCAUGACCCCAGCCUUGUCUUCAUCGGAGCCGUAGGCGCAGGUCUAACCUUCAAGGUAUUCGAAUGGCAGGCUGUUGCGGCAGCACGUAUCCUUGCAGGCAGGGGCACGUUGCCUUCGGUAAGCGAGCAGGAGAAUUGGGAGACAGACCGGAUCGCGCAGAAAGGUGAUGGGCCGGCAUUCACAGUGGUCAAUCCCGAUUUCAGGGCGUAUUUUGAAGAGCUUCGCCGAAUUGCGGGGGAGCCGGGGGAGGGUAUGCCUGGGCGGCGACUGCCUCCGUUUGAUCAGAAAUGGGUGGAUGAUUUUGAUGCCGGACAUGAGCGUAGGAAGAAGAUGUGGAAGCGGGCUAAUCGGGAAGCGAAACUUUAG